AGUAGACGUUCAUACGUACGCUGAAUCUAUAAAGUGAUCAAGAGCAAUACCAAACAGAAAUAGAAAAAAAGCCAAGACGUACGUGCAGCUUUGAGUAUGGCUUCCUUCCCCAUCUCCGUGGCCCUAGUGCUCUUUACCUUGCUCUGCCUGAGCAUGGAAGCUGCGGCAACUGAGUAUAUCUACCAUUUCUGUUCAGACACCGCUACUUUCACUCCCAACAGCACCUAUCAGUCCAAUCUCUAUCAACUCUUUUCCUCCCUUUCCUCCAACUCCACACGUCAAGAUGGGUUCUACAACAACACCGUAGGACGAAACGCCUCAGACUCUGUCUACGGCCUCUUCCUCUGCCGUGGUGACCUCACAGUUCAAGACUGCCAAGCUUGCGUAGCAAGUGCAACCCAAGAUCUGACUCAGAAGUACUGCCCCGUAGCACAAGAGGCCAUAAUCUACUACGAGGAGUGCAUGUUACGCUACUCAUACCGAUAUUUCUUCUCCACCAUGAUCACCGCUCCUAGUAUCAACCAACCUAAUAGACACAAUAUUUCUGAUCCAGUUCGCUUUAACCAACUAUUGACAGAGACGAUGAGUGGUUUAAUAACCCAGGUUGCAAAUGAUGGAACCAGUGACAAAAAGUUUGCAACAAAAGCAGCAAGUUUUACUGGGUCCCAAAUACUCUACACCCUCGAGCAGUGCACGCCUGACAUAUCCAGCUCUGAUUGCAGUACAUGUAUACAGACAGCGAUAGCGUUACAGUCGAAAUGUUGUGGUGGACUCCAAGGAGUAAGGGUUAUGUUACCUAGCUGUAGAAUCAGGUAUGAAAUGUACCAGUUUUACCGAACGCUUAAUAUUGCACCGACUCCAACGCCUAUUCCAGCAAUUCUUCCUCCUUCGCCUUCACCUUCGUCACAGAAUUCAGGAAAACGCAAAAUCUCAUCUCUGGGGAUCAUCCUUUCGAUUGUUGCUGCUACGGUGGUGCUGUUGGUUAUGGGCUUCUAUUUGCUAAGGAGAGCGAGAACUGCUGUACAAUAUCAAAUUGCUGCAUGUGCAGCGGCGAAUGAUGUUUCAACCGUGGAGAAACUUGAUGACUCCUUGCAAUUUGAUUUGGCUACGAUUGAAGCUGCUACAAACAACUUCUUGGAAGAUAACAAGCUAGGUACAGGUGGAUUUGGCGAGGUUUACAAGGGUGUACUUCCAAAUGGCGAAGAAAUAGCUGUCAAGAGACUUUCAAGAACCUCUAGACAAGGUAACGAGGAAUUUAAAAAUGAAAUUGUUUUGGUGGCCAAGCUUCAACACCGAAACCUUGUACGACUAUUAGGAUUUUGCUUCGAAGGAGAAGAAAAGAUACUCGUUUACGAAUUUGUACGCAACAAAAGUCUUGACAAAUUUAUAUGCGACCCUGAAAAACAAAGACUAUUGGAUUGGGCAACACGUUACAAUAUUAUUGGAGGGAUUGCUCGUGGGAUCCUCUAUCUUCAUGAAGAUUCUCGUUUGAAAAUUAUACAUCGUGAUCUUAAAGCUAGUAACAUAUUAUUAGAUGAGGAUAUGAAUCCAAAAAUUGCAGAUUUCGGCAUUUCCAAGAUCUUUGAAGUUGAUCAAACUCAAGGAAAUACAAGUAGAAUCAUUGGAACAUAUGGUUACAUGGCUCCAGAAUAUGCAACAUAUGGACGGUUUUCUGCCAAAUCAGAUGUAUAUAGUUUUGGUGUCUUAAUUUUUGAGAUUUUAAGUGGGAAGACGAAUAGUUCUUUCUAUCAAAUAGAAAAUGCUGAGGACCUCAACAGCUAUGCUUGGAAGCUUUGGAAGGAUGGAAGACCUUUGGAGUUGUUGGAUCCAUCUUUGGGAGACUCUUACUCAAGUAACGAAGUCAUGAGGUGUAUCCAUAUUGGCUUAUCUUGUGUUCAGGAAAAUCCAGCUGACAGGCCCACUAUGACAUCAAUACUUCUUAUGCUAAACAGUUACUCUAUGACUCUUCAAGUACCUCAGGAGCCAGCAUCUGUCCUUAAAAGGAGAGCAGAGCCAAGCAUGCCAAUAAAUGAGCCUGAGCCAAAUCAACCUUCAAGCAACUCAAUGCAAUGGUCCGUUAACGGACAAACUAUUACUGAACUUGACCCUCGAUAGUGCGAUUAAAUUAUCUGUGACCUAACACAAGUGUUUGUUUGUGAGAGUUAUUGUUUUGCAUCAUGAUAUAUAAUGGAAAUGAUAAAUGAUUUUGUUUUGAUGUA